CAAACGGCAGAGGUCCUAAACUAUAAAAACAGCGAAACCUUGUGUUUCUGUGUUCAUCACUUUCCUCCAAAGUGAAAACUAGAGACCACACUGUGUUUCUUCUUCCAGGUUGAGCACUUUCUACUGCGUGGAAGCUUCUCCCUUUUAUCCUUAGCUAUGGCUUUCAGUGAUGAUGACCUAGAUACAACCUUUGAACAGAUAUAUCGUUGUUACCCUGUCUCCUUCAUCGAGAAGUCAAAUCUGGAAAAGGGUGAUAAAAUCAUCAUGCCCCCUUCAGCCCUCGAUCGCCUCGCAUCCUUGCACAUAGACUACCCUAUGUUGUUUCAGCUUAGCAAUCCUUCCGCUGGGAAAGUCACUCACUGCGGUGUCCUCGAAUUCGUAUCUGAUGAAGGGAUGAUAUAUAUACCAUAUUGGAUGAUGGAAAACAUGCUCCUACAAGAGGGAGACACUGUGUGUGUGAGAAACACCAGCCUUGCAAAAGGAACAUAUGUGAAGCUACAACCUCACACCAAGGACUUUUUGGAUAUCACCAAUCCAAAAGCUAUGUUAGUAUUCUUUAUACUUCUCCUACUUCUUCGUCUUCUUUUGGCUCAACUGAUAUUUCCUUUCUUUCGCCUGGUCGACAGCCUAGAGACUUCCCUAAGGAAUUACUCAUGUUUAACAACCGGUGACACUAUAAUGGUUGCUUAUAACAGCAAGAAGUAUUACAUUGACAUUGUUGAAACAAAACCCUCUCCUGCAGUCAGUAUAAUUGAAACAGAUUGUGAAGUUGAUUUUGCAGCACCUCUUGAUUAUAAAGAACCUGAGAAACCAGCACUGUGUGCUCUAUCCAAAAGGAAACAUUCGGAAGUUGAAGAUGAUGAGCCACCAACUACAAAGGUUCCGCAAUUCAGUCCAUUCACUGGCUCCGGAAGACGUUUAGAUGGAAAACCUUCAAGUUCAACACAAUCAGCCGAUCAAACUUCCUCUCCAAACAAAAAGCAGAAACAAAGCAACGAUGAAAAGGAAGGCUCUGAUUCUAAAUCAUUGAAUACCACUUCACGUAGACAUUCUGGAAAACUUGUGUUUGGGUCAAAUGCAGCUAAAUUUGACACUCAGAGACCACUGCCGAAGGCUUCUGAGAAUAUCACUAAGCAAGAUUCAUCACAGAAGCAAGAAGCACCGAAAUUCCAAGCUUUCACGGGAAAGAAGUAUUCAUUGAAUAGUUGAUCCUUAUUAGGCUUUUUUUUCUAUUGAUUAUUUUGGAUAUAGUGAAAUAGAAUUGAGCCUGUUUUCAUUAUGGCAUAUCAUGAUUCUUCAUGUGUAGUAUAUUGAUCAUUCUUAGUGUAGUAGUACCUCUUGAAUCAUGAAAUUAUCACAUCUAGAAACUAAGGAAUAUCUCUUGUCCAUAAUAGCUACUACAUUUCGGACUUAUUUGUGAUGCUUUAUUAGCCAAUUAUUUUCUCAAUUUCUUCUCAUUA